AUGGCGGCGACGAACGCGCCCCUCUUCCUCGCCUGGAGCGUGGCCGUGGUUGUACUCUUCAUGGCUACGCCAGCAGCAGCUUUCGGCGCGGGAGAUAUCGUCGAUCUAGCAAAGAUCAAUGCCAUCAACUACCGCCAUGGAGACAUCGAGAAUACCCUCCUGGAGCUGAUGAUAGUCGCGGGCGGUAACACGAAAUUCGACAAGCUCGACGUCAAGCGUGUGUACUUUGGGAACUGGCUCCGCGAUUACUCUCAGGCCAUCGAUGUCGGUGGACUGAAGCAGCUUCCUGCCGAAACCAUCCGUAUCUUGCUUUGGUGUCUUUCGUUCCUCACCUUUGGCUACGCUACCGGUGAGUUUGAGGUCACCGCCGAACGACUCGGCUGCUACCGCCCGGAGGAGCACAUCGACAACCCAAAGGAUUACGCCGACAAUAUGGAUGCUCGCCAAUACGACCAGCGCCUCCGUGGUCCAGUCGACGAGGGCAAAGAGCUUGCAAUCGACCCCGAAACUGGGCUGAAAGUGUAUAUCGCUUCUGAGAAUGCGGGUUGCCAAACAUCUGCUGGUCUCGUCCGCGACCUGUUCGAGAGGAGCAUCGAGCUUGGCCGCAAAUACAACCGUGACCACAACAAGGAUGAUUUCUACGAGGCACUCCGGCUCUUGGGCACCGGUCUGCACUGCCUGGAAGACUAUGCUGCUCACUCCAACUACACAGAGCUUGCUCUCCGUGAGCUUGGUGUGGAUGCAUUCCCUCAUGUUGGAAGAAAUACAGAAAUCGAGGUCCGAGGAAAAAGAAUCUUCCCACUUGUCACUGGAACCUUCGGUAUGACCGAUUUCUUGCACUCGGUCGUCGGUGAGAUGGGAGAUAAGGUGGCGCAAUCCGAGAUCGAGGGUCUAGAGUCCCAACUCAACAAGGCCAGCGAGGACGAUGAGAAAAACGAUCAGACAUCGGUCCUCAAAGGUAUCCUGGAUAACGUCCCUUGGGACCUCCUUGAAGGAGACGGAAAGCCCGACACAAACAAGGCCGAUGAGCUCAAGCAAGCUGCCGCUGCCAAGAAGCAGGAGACACAGCAGAACCCACUGGACCGCAACGCCUCGCUGGGAGGUAUCGACAUCGAUCAAGCCAAGGGCCAGGCCCAGCAGACGCUCAAGGAUAUGUACCCCAUUCUCGAAUUCCACGAUCAAGUCAUGAAGGGCGUCACCGAGGUCAUCUCCAAAGUCCCUGGCCUGGAUGAUCUUCUUGAGAACAUGUCAGGUGCUCUGCAAAUCUUCAUAUUCUCUCUCCUGGCUCCAUACGUCACCCCAAUUAUCGCCCAAGCCCGUAUUGAGCUCAAGUCUGGAUCGGAGGGUGUCCUGAAAUCCAGCGAGAAGGGUCAAUACGAGGUCUUUGAGAACGACAACUUCACCGACCCAACUCACUCUAUGCUCUCCAAGGACCAUUUCUCCAACGUUCUGAACACGGUUGCGGGACAAAUCGCUUGUGCCACUGUCAAGUUCGUUGUUCCCCACAUCGUCGAUUCUUGGAGCGAUGAGGGCAAGGAUGUUCGCCAAACCAUCGAUGAUAUCCUGCAGGUGUUCCACCACCCUGCCCUUCGUGAAGAGAACAGAGAGGGCCAGAUGGCCAUGUUUGAGACCGUCAAGCAAUGGUGGGAAAGCAAGGAUGAGUCUGAGCAGCAGCACUACAAGGAAAUCCUGAGCACCCAAGGUGUCAAGGACAACAAGAACCAUGAGGGGGAGGAUGCCCAGGGCGGUGGGCACUCUCAUGGUGCUCCUGCCAAAAAGAAAAAGGAGAACGAGUUUGUGCCCUCUGCGCAGGAGGGUGCCUCUGUUCUGGAGGAAGUCACUAGUGGAAUUGGUGGCAUGUUUCUGAAGAAGACGGGUCUGGACAAGAAGCUUGGAGUGGAGGUCGAAAAUGAGCCGAAAUCCUCGUAUGGUCGCCAGGAUAACGAGGAGAGUUCUUAUGGCCGUACUCAGCACUCUUCAGGCCGAGACGAUAACGAACAAUCUUCAUAUAGUCGCCAGGACAACGAGACGAGCUCGUAUGGUCGCAAUCAACAGUCGUCGCGCCGCGACGACAAUGAGGAAAGCUCCUUCGGACGCAGCGAGAACACCUACGGAUCUGGCCGUCAAGGUCGCAACGAUGACGAGGAAAACUCGAACACCUAUGGAAGUGACCGCCGCCAAGAAACUAGCGAGAAUACCUAUGGCCAAUCAGGACGUUCAGGACGUGAAUAUAAUGAGCAGAGCUCGUACGGUGGAGGUAGAAAUCAGGAGAGUGAGAACACCUAUGGUCAAUCUGGCCGCUCGGGACGUGAAGAUGACGAGGGCAAUUCGUACGGUGGAGGUCGUUCUGCACGCAAUGAGGAGAACACGUAUGGUGAUUCUGGACGUUCAGGAUACUCUGGACGCGGUGAGAACGAGGAGAGCUCAUACGGAGGCGGUCGUUCGGGACGCGGCGAUAACGAUGAGAGCUCCUAUGGUGGUGGCCGAUCCGGACGCAACGAGGAAAGCGAAAACACUUACGGCCAAUCCGGCCGCUCGGGCCGCGGUGACAACGAGGAGAAUUCUUUCGGUGGUGGAAACUCGUACGGACAAUCUGGUCGUUCAGGUCGUGACGACGAGGAGAGCUCGGGCUAUGGACGCGGUGGUCGUGAUAAUGACGAGUCUUCUGGUUACGGUCGUGGUAGACGUGAUAACGAGGAGUCUUCUGGUUACGGUCGCGGUGAUCGUGAUAAUGACGAGUCUUCUGGUUACGGCCGUGGUGGUCGUGAUAACGAGGAGUCUUCUGGUUACGGUCGCGGUGAUCGUGAUAACGAGGAGUCUUCUGGUUACGGUCGUGGUGGACGUGAUAACGAGGAAUCUUCUGGUUACGGUCGUGGUGGACGUGAAGAGGAAUCCUCAGGUUACGGCCGUUCCGGACGUGACGAUAAUGAAGAGAGCUCAGGUGGCUACGGACGUAGCCAGGAGCGUGGAGAUGGAAGACGCGGAUAUGGCGAAGAAGAGGAUAACUUCAAUUCGAGAUACUAG